AUGUCCGUUAGCCAUCCACAGAAAAAUGGUCUUCUAUUACUUUUACAAGCUGCCAAGAAGUUGGAUGAGGAAGAAACAUUACAUCGAUAUUCCUAUAGUACAGAUAAGUGGGAACAUAGAUCUCAGAGAAAUUACGAUGAAACACAUUCAUCAUACUCCUGUCCUCACAGCUAUAGCUCACAAAAACGACCAGUCACAUCUGUGAGAUGCACACACAAUGAGCUUGAAAAAAGUCGCCGUGCACACCUUCGUACUUGUAUGGAGACUCUAAAAGAGCACCUAAAUUUCGAUAAUGACGUACCAAGAAUAACUAUGCUGACAGUUCUAAAAAAGGCAACAGCUACUAUACAACUUUUAAAACAGAAAAAGCAGUGUCUUGAGGUCUAUGAAGAUAGUGAGAAACAAAGAUGUGUCCAAUUGCUCAAACGACGCCAGGCUCUUAGAAAAAAGUUGGAGGAGAAAAGAAGUCGUUCAUUAAAACUGCAAAGUUGGAAAGAAAGAAAUCGCAACUGUUCAGAGUGUUCCAUUGCGACUACAUCUUCAGACGAUUCUGAAAUGGAUUUACGAUCUGGUUCUUUAUCUAAUAUUACUACACCGUCUUUAAAUAACAAUACACAACUAUCUAAUACAGCAGCAGCGGGUCUCAACACAUGUGUUAAUGAUCCAAACUUUGUUUUACACAUAUCCAAACACAGAAGUCUCAGUUCACCCAUCGGCACUAUAAGCAGUUCACCUGUCGGUUUGGAUGCUUUCGAUGCAAGUAGUUCAGAUUCAGGAUUUGAGGAAAUCACUAUAUCUUCUAAUGGUGUUGUAUCUCCAAAUGAAAACUCACUAACUUAUUGUAUCAAUGAUAGAUCUCAAUGUGUGUCAUCAUAUUCAAACAAGGUAUGCAGGGCUUGCUAAAUAUGUUCGAUUUGUACCCAAUCCUCUUGUUAUUUCCUUCGUCGACUGUUUGUUGUUCAUUCUACUCAGAAUUUUUUCAUUUGCGUGCAUCAUAGUCAAUGCUGCAAAUUGGACAUUUUGACGGCUUUCAGUCACAUCGUGCCAAUCAG